AUGAGAAAUCAGGUAGACCUGCUGGCCACUGUCACAGUGUUGGGAGUCCUGGAGCAAGCCUAUUUUGCACUGCAGGUGAUCUAUGCCCGACGGAAGUACAAGAUCUCCCCUCCCGAGACAACAGGUCACCCUGAAUUUGAGCGGAUCUUCAGAGCUCAGGCGAAUUGCUCAGAGUACUUCCCGAUCUUCGUCUCACUCCUCUGGGUUGCUGGCAUCUUCUUCCAUCAAGAUGGACCGAGGAGCACCCCAACUCCAGCCUGCGUGAAGCUGCUGGUGGCAGCCGCGCUGGUCUCCGGCCAGGAGGAGAGGUUUGAUGGCGGCGGCAGCCCGCGCUCCUCCACCGGUGCCCAGCCGACCCCCCACGCUGCUUCUCUCGGUCAAG